UUGGAGUAGUGUAGUGUAUUGGGCUUUUGUUGCAACUUGAAAUCACACGCGUGGGAGGGUUUGCCAAAGAAAGCGCGAGUCAGUCAGAGCUGAGCUGAAGUGAGAGAUAAUCAUCGGAGAUGGCGUCGUCGAAGGGAGGCGGAGGCGGAGGAGGAGGGAUUCCACUGGAGAGGAUGAGUGUUGAGCAGCUGAGGGCGUUGAAGGAACAGGCGGAUCUCGAAGUUAACCUCCUUCAGGACUCCCUCACCAACAUCCGCACUGCCACCACUCGCCUCGAGAUCGCUUCCUCCGCCCUCAACGACCUCUCCCUCCGCCCUCACGCCUCCAAGAUGCUCGUCCCCCUCACCGCCUCCCUUUACGUUCCCGGAACCCUCGACGAUUCUCAGAAAGUCCUCGUCGACGUCGGCACCGGUUACUUCAUCGAGAAAACGAUGGCUGAAGGAAAAGAUUACUGUGAGCGCAAAAUCAACCUACUGAAGUCAAACUUCGAUCAACUUGUUGAGGUUACAUCCAAAAAGAAAAAUGUUGCAGACGAAAUGGCGGUUAUUUUACAGGCAAAGAUGAAGCAAUUAGCAUCUACAUCAUCCUAAAGUAGUAGGUAUAGACUUCAAUUACUUCUUCCAUGUCAUUGUACCAUAGCAAACCAAAAUCAGUGGUUUUAGAGUCAGUGAUGUUAUAUGUUGUUUGAACCUUUUAUUAAAUUACUCUUCUUUUCGUUAGAUACCUCCAAAAUUUAUCUUGGAAAGAUUGGAAUUCGGAACUGUGUUUGGAAAAUCAAGUCAAACGAUUACUAUUGGAAUUUGGAAUUUGGAA